AUGCUCAAAUCACAUUUUACAUCAACAGUAAACACACGACCAGAUGGUGAACUUUGUAGAAAUGCUUGUGGUUUUUAUGGAAAUAAAAUAUGGGAUGGAUUUUGUAGUAAAUGUUAUCGAGAAGUUUAUCAACAAGCCAAACAAAUACAAGAAGCAUAUGAUGGAAUAGUAAAUACAUCAACAUCUGAUUCUACUCCACCAUCAUCUCCAAUAUCUUCAAAUUCCAAUGAAAAACGUCGGUCAAAUAUUAGUAUGCGGAAUCCAAUUCGACAAAUGGUUCAUCGAGCUGGUAGUCUUCGAUGUAUGUUAAGAAAAUAUUUACUUUUUUUUCCUCUUCAAAAAUUCUACCGUUUUUUU